GGCUCGGCUCUCGCUCUGCCAGCGAGGCCAUCAGGUGAUCGCGGGCCGGCGUGGUCACGUGGAUCGGGCGGGCGCGCCCGAGCUGGCCAUGGCGGCCGCUGUGUCCGGUGUGGUGAGGCGGGUGGAAGAGCUCGGGGACCUGGCUCAGGCUCACAUACAGCACCUGAGCGAAGCCGCGGGGGAAGACGAUCACUUUUUAAUUCGGGCCUCUGCAGCUCUAGAAAAAUUGAAGCUCCUGUGUGGCGAAGAGAAAGAAUGCUCAAAUCCAUCAAAUCUUUUGGAACUAUACACACAGGCCAUAUUGGACAUGACAUAUUUUGAAGAGAAUAAACUAGUUGAUGAAGAUUUUCCUGAAGACUCUUCUCAGAAAGUAAAAGAGCUUCUCAGUUUUCUUUCAGAACCAGAAAUUUUAGUUAAAGAAAACAAUAUGCAUCCCAAACUGUGCAAUUUGCUUGGGGAUGAACUACUAGAAUGCCUCUCUUGGAGACGAGGAGCCCUGUUAUAUAUGUAUUGUCAUUCUCUAACUAAGAGAAGGGAGUGGCUCUUAAGAAAAUCUAACUUGCUUCAGAAGUACCUUGUUGAUGGGAUCAAUUACUUGCUGCAGAUGCUAAAUCAUCGAUGCCCUAUCCAGUUAAAUGAAGGUGUUUCUUUCCAAGACCUAGACACAGCUAAAUUACUGAGUACAGGAAUAUUUAGCGAUAUCCAUGUACUGGCUAUGAUGUACAGUGGAGAAAUGUGCUACUGGGGAUUAAAGCAUUGCACAGAUCGACAAUCAGGAACUCAUGAAGUUGACACUGAUGUUUUUGGAGCAAGCUGCACUACACACAAAGAACCUUUGGAUUUCCGAGAAGUAGGAGAAAAAAUUUUGAAGAAAUAUGUGUCAGUGUGUGAAGGACCUUUGAAAGCGCAGGAGUGGAACACGACGAAUGCUAAGCAGAUCUUGAGCUUCUUUGAGCAGCACUGUAGCUAGGUGUUCACCUAGUCCUCACAAGAGAAAGAAGGCGUCAUGUCCCAAGAGGAGAUGUACUACGCUGAUCUUGACAAUAUUACACUAUGUAAAGGUGCCCAAAUGUGGCUACUCUUCUCUAAUGCUAUUGCCUUUCAUUGUAUAGUCUUAAAUCUGUGAAAAAAAGUAUUCUCUAAUUUCUAAAAUGGCGUAUGUUAUUUUAACUGAACUUGAACUGCAUAUCCUGUCACUGGUAAUAAGGAACCCAAUGUAGAUUGAUAGUUGCUUUAUAAUACUUUAGGUUAUUUUUUUCAUUGUAGUAAAAUAUAUGUUACACAAAAUCUCCUUAUUUUGAAGUGUGCAUACUUCAAAGAUGAAAACCAGUUUUCCUCCUUGUUUCAGAUGUAUACUAUGAGUAUAAAUGUAGGCAAUUAAAAGAUUAUAACUAAUAUUUAGAUUUCAUUUCCAGCAAGCUAAAUAGCAAAAUAUUUUUAAAAAAUGAAUCAUUGUGUUUAUUUUGCCUUGUAUUACUAAUAAUACUUAAAUUAUUGACUUAGCUAUUUUAUAAAUUAUUUUCUU